UGCUGCUUGCUCGCCUAGUUUCUCUCCAUCUUGAUUUUCCACUGAAAAGGAAAGAAAAAAAAAAAAAAAAAAAGACAAAAGAGAGGCUCCCUCCCCUCCCCUCCGCAUCCUUCCUGCCUUUCCGCGCUCUCCGAUGGUCGCUCUCGCUUCCCUUCCGGGCGCCCUCUUGUUGCCGUUUCGGCGUCUUCCAGGCCGGCGGGCUGUUCAUUUGGAUUCCAAGAUUCGGUUUUAGGGUUCUAAGCUUGUUUCUGCUGAUCCAAGACUACGAAUCGCUUUCCAACAAGAUCUUUCGCGGUGGAUUCCCGAUAAAGCAUCGGCUUCUGCUUCGGCUUGAAAGCAGGCUUCUAAGGAGAAUAAUCUUGCUUAGGGCGCGAAGGAGAAAGGGUGUUCAUUUUCAAUGUCGUGAUAGGAGUGGAAGAGAUCUGGGGUUUGCCAAGUAAUGUGAUUUCAGAAGCUUGGAUUCUUGAAGAUGGGAUUGGGUCCCGAUGCGGUUCAGGUGGAGGGGUGGGGGAAUGUUGGGAAGGAGAAGGGGAAGACAAAGAAGAAUAAGAGGAAGGAUGAGGAGGAGAGUGGGUGUUGGAUAAGGUUUCGGUUGAGGGGGAUUUGCAUUUCCUUGAGACCCAAAGUGGAUGUUUCUACUAGCAGCGCCAUCACUACCUGUGAGAGUAAAUCAACAAAUGAUGGCAGUAGUGGUCAACCUGUUGUUCCUAUAGUCUCUGGGUCUACCACAACCAGCAAUGGGGAGAGUAGUUCAUUUACUUCCAGAGUUGGAGAGGACCUUAAAAUUGCAUCACAGUUGAGGAAGUUUACUUUCAACGAACUUAAAUGUGCCACAAGAAACUUCAGACCAGAAAGCCUUCUUGGAGAAGGAGGCUUUGGUUGUGUCUUUAAAGGUUGGAUUGAGGAGAAUGGAACUGCUCCUGUUAAACCUGGUACAGGUCUCACCGUUGCUGUGAAGACACUGAAUCAUGAUGGGCACCAAGGGCACAAGGAGUGGUUGGCUGAAGUAAAUUUUCUUGGUGAACUUCUUCAUCCUAAUUUGGUUAAGUUGGUUGGUUAUUGUAUUGAAGAUGAUCAAAGGCUGUUGGUAUAUGAGUAUAUGCCUCGUGGUAGUUUGGAGAAUCACCUUUUUAGAAGGUCCCUACCUCUGCCAUGGUCCAUAAGAAUGAAAAUUGCACUUGGCGCUGCCAAGGGCCUAACUUUUCUUCAUGAGGAAGCAGAAAGGCCAGUGAUAUAUCGUGAUUUUAAAACAUCUAAUAUCCUACUAGAUGCGGAUUAUAUUGCCAAACUCUCUGAUUUUGGGCUUGCUAAAGAUGGUCCCGAGGGAGAUAAGACCCAUGUGUCCACACGGGUGAUGGGAACAUAUGGAUACGCAGCGCCGGAGUAUGUAAUGACAGGGCAUUUAACUUCAAAAAGUGAUGUAUACAGCUUUGGGGUCGUCCUCCUUGAAAUGAUGACAGGUCGGAGGUCCAUGGACAAGAACCGUCCCAAUGGGGAACACAACUUGGUCGAAUGGGCUCGACCUUAUCUUGGAGAAAGGAGGAGGUUUUACCGGCUCAUAGAUCCCCGCCUUGAGGGAAACUUCUCUAUCAAGGGAGCCCAGAAAGCUGCCCAUCUUGCUCAACGUUGCCUCAGCCGGGACCCUAAAGUAAGGCCACUCAUGAGUGAUGUAGUGGAAGCCUUGAAGCCUUUGGUUAACCUUAAGGACAUGGCAAGUUCCUCCCCUCUCUUCCAGACCUUGCAAGCAGAACGUGCAGCUUCUCAGAGCAGCAACCAAAACGCAAGGAAUGGCUUCAAAACACAUGCUUCUGUGAGGAGCCUUUCAAAUUGUUCUCUUGCGUCAUCACAAUCUCAUCAAUCGGCCAAGCCAAAUAGCAAACAGGCAUCAUUUACUUAAAAAACCAUUUGUUGUCCUUCAUGUCUACGAUUCUAUUUGUGAUGUCUUGAGAGUUGCUACAUGUUUAUCCUCUGUUGGGGUUUUGCUGGUCUCUUGUGGAUUGAACAGUUGGCAUUAAGUGUAUUUGCAUCUGCUGCAUUUUUAUAUGUUUAAACAUGAAGGAAUGAUAUGCUUUCUUGUUUUAUUCUCUUGUUUUAGGCAAUUACUGCUUGUCCGCAUCGGCAGAUUUAACUGGACGUGGUUUUGCAGGGUUA